AUGUUUGCUCCUCGCCUGUGUCCUCACUCUGUCACACUUCUGCCCACCCUGAACUCGCUCUGCCCCACUCCAUCCACGCCGGGCUGCGGGGAAGACAAAAGGGGGGUCCGCUCACUCCUCUCCGGAGCACAGGAGGCUCAGCGAGGCACUUCGGUGGGAAACAGUGACAUCUUGUGGUCAACAUUGCGUACUGCAAGGUCAAGAGGUGAAAACUUAUGGCUGUCAGUGAGAGAAGUGGUGAAAAAGCAGUGCCCUCCUAAGUCCAAAAAGAGUACCAGUCUGCAGCACGUCUCCAUCACGGGGGAGAAGGUAAACAAAGUGGAGGUGAGCAGUGGGACUGAGGGCCAGACCUUCGCCGUGUGUCUGGACCAAGACCAGAGGAAGUUCCUGCAGAGUGUCAGCAGGCUGGAAGUGUCGCUGUGCUGCAAGCCGGGCAGCUGGAAGUUGGACAGGCAGUCGCCCGGCCAAGUCCGACCUCUGCACCCGUCUUACUGCUCCCUGCUCUGCCUGCCUGUCGUCUCCUUUUCUGCAGCGUAUCCAUGACGACGCUUCCAACACGGUUCUGACACCUAAUGGCAGAUG